UGCAAUCGCUGUCCCAACAUACCUCGUGUUCUGGUUGCAAACAAAGAAAAAGUGCAUUUUAAUUGUUAUUAAAUUCACAUUUCAUUUAAUUUGAAUAUUUCGCAUUGUUUUCCCCAAGCCGUGUGUGUGGGUGUGAGUGUGUGUGUGUAAGCAACUUGCGUGCGCCUCACUGUAUGCGUCUCAUGGUCGCGUCAACGUCUCUCUCCGCAUGAGUGUGAGUGCGCGCCUCAGUGUGUGUGUGCGUACGUGUGCGUGUGCGUGCGUGUGUGUGCGUGUGUGUCUGUGUAUUGGCAUUGUGUGGCUGUGGCAUUGGCGCUCCGCUGCUGCCGUUGCUGCUGCUGCCUGCUGCGCCACCAUUUCCAUUCAGAAUUCUAUUAACUAAUAAACAAAUAACCUUCGGGGGCCGCGCCUGACGCGAGUAAGCCAAAGCCAAAAAUCAAGUCGCAGCAUUGCCCAAAAGAAAGUGCGUCUUGUUGCGCUGUUUCCGUAUUGUUUCCGCAGCAGAAGCUGAAACAGCAACAGCAACAAAUCCAAAAAGCAAAAACCAAAAGUGUUUCUGCGAGUGUGUGAGUGAGUGUGCGUGUGUGCGCGUGUGUGUUUGUGUGAGCGACAAACACAACGACAAAUGGCGGACGUAAGUGAUACAAGUGAAGUCUUCGAUCUCGAGCUGCACGAAGAUGACAAAGCGCGAGACUCGGAUGACGACAGGAUCGAAUUGGAUGAUGUCGACCUAGAACCGGAAUUGAGCAUAAAUCUACACCAAGAUACUGAGGGCCAGGAAACCAUACAGCUCUCCGAGGAGAAUGUCAAUCCGGGCAAAAUCAAAUUGGGCCCAACGGAUUUUGAGCUCAAAAAAGUGCUCGGCAAAGGUGGCUACGGCAAAGUAUUUCAGGUGCGCAAAACCGCUGGACGUGAUGCCAACAAUUAUUUUGCCAUGAAGGUGCUCAAAAAGGCAUCCAUAGUGACCAAUCAAAAGGACACGGCGCACACGCAAGCCGAACGAAAUAUACUCGAGGCAGUUAAGCAUCCGUUUAUUGUGGAAUUAGUGUAUGCGUUUCAAACAGACGGUAAAUUGUAUCUGAUACUCGAGUAUCUGAGUGGCGGUGAGCUUUUUAUGCAUUUGGAGCGUGAGGGCAUCUUUCUGGAGGAUACAACAUGCUUCUAUUUGAGCGAGAUCAUAUUGGCUUUGGGCCAUUUACACAAGCUGGGCAUCAUCUAUCGUGAUCUGAAGCCGGAGAAUAUAUUGCUGGACGCACAGGGUCAUGUGAAGCUAACGGACUUUGGUCUGUGCAAGGAGCACAUACAAGAGGGUAUUGUCACCCACACCUUCUGCGGCACAAUUGAGUACAUGGCACCUGAAAUUCUAACUAGAAGUGGCCAUGGCAAAGCCGUCGAUUGGUGGUCACUGGGCGCACUCAUGUUUGACAUGCUCACGGGUGUACCGCCGUUCACCGCGGAGAAUCGCAAGAAAACCAUUGAGACCAUACUUAAAGCGAAGCUUAUUCUACCAGCCUACCUCACACCCGAUGCCAGGGAUCUGGUGCGACGCCUAAUGAAGCGACAGGAGUCACAACGUUUGGGCAGCGGACCCGCAGAUGCGGCGGCGGUACAAACACAUCCAUUUUUCAAGCAUGUCAACUGGAACGAUGUAGUCAAUCGACGCCUAGAGCCACCCAUUAAGCCGCUACUGCGAAGCGAGGACGAUGUCUCACAGUUUGAUACGAGAUUCACAAGACAAAUUCCCGUGGAUUCACCGGACGAUACAACCCUCAGCGAAAGUGCCAAUUUAAUUUUCCAAGGUUUCACCUACGUUGCGCCAUCGAUAUUGGAGGAGAUGCAUCGGGCAAAUCGAAUGCCGGCGCGUUCACCGAGGCGCACACCGCGACAUCAGCAUCCGGAUAACAGUUUUCGACUGCAGUUCCCAUCCGUCAAUCCAAAUGUGAGCGGCAAUGUGGGCGCCAUGGGCAUGCAACGUUCAACGAUGUUUGCAAGGGCAACGGCGCCACAUCAACAACAACAGCAGCAGCAGCAGCAACACCAGCAUCCUCAUCCGCAUCCGCUUCAUAUGCAAACGUUUGCGCCGCGACCAUCACCAGCGCAGGACGAGAUGAUGGAUGUGCAGCAGGGACUGCCAAUGGUCUAAGGUUACUAACGAGGAAGGAGCGAUUGUUUUUGUUAUUACACGGAUAGAGGAGAAGGACGAGGGAAAGGCGAUUGAGAUCGCGUGCUACGAUGAACGUUUUGUUUGGAUAUACAUAAAUACUAAAGUUAGACACAUACACACAUACUAUAUAUGACAUAUAUAUAUAAACAACAUAUGCUACAGCUAUAGCCAACUAUAUAGAAAUAACUAUAUAUAUACAUAUAUUUGGUAUAUGUAUGCAUGUAGAUUGUGAGAUACUAAUGAUGAAAGUAGCUGGCUGGAGCGAGUUCCGGAUCGUGUAUAAAUACUUACCACUUA